AUAAAACGACUACGCAGCAAAUGAGUUAUUAAGAGUUGUAAGUUCAACCAUUUUUUUUUCAAGUUAUUUCAGCCAUGCAGAACUUCUAUUCUAAUUCCACUUAUUACUACCUAUCUAUCAUCUUUCUAUUUUUCUUCGUAAUUUUAUUGAAACAUUUGCUUCAUCCUAGAAAAAAAUUACCACCUAGUCCGUUGUCUCUCCCAAUAAUCGGCCAUCUUUACCUUAUCAAAAAUUCGCUUCACCGAACAUUAAACUCCUUAUCAACUAAGUACGGUCCGGUUUUAUAUCUCCAGUUUGGCUGUCGAAAUUUGCUUAUUGUAUCCUCCCCAUCCUCCAUGGAAGAAUGUUUCACGAAAAACGAUGUCAUAUUUGCAAACCGACCACGUAGCAUGCUAGGUGAUCGGUUUUCAUUUAACUAUACUGCUAUUUUUUGGGCUCCGUAUAGUCAACUCUGGAGAGUUCUCCGUCGUCAAACAGCAGUUGAACUCUUUUCUUCAAAUAGUCUUCAAAAGUCUUCUUUAAUUAGGAAUGAAGAAAUUAGGAUUUUAAUUCGUUCUUUGUUUAAAGCUGGUGAAAAGAAUACACAUGGCGGUACAAGAGUUGACUUGAGCUAUUGGUUUUUUACUUUUGUGUUUAAUGUUAUGAUGAGAAUUGGUACUGGAAAAAGUUGUGUGAGUGAGGAAGAUAUGGGAAUGGAAAAGGGGAAAAAGAUUAUUGAAGAAAUGAGGGGGAUUUUCUUUGCAAAUUUGUUGGUUUUAAACGUGUGUGAUUUUUUGCCAAUUUUGAAAUGGUUUGGGUAUAAAGGGAUUGGGAAAAAGAUGGACUUAACGAACAUGAAGAGAAAUGAAUUCUUAAGCGGAUUACUUGAUGAAUUUCGACAGGAAAAAAGUAUGAGUAGUGAUCAUAGAGCCAAGGGGAAGAAGGCGACGCUGGUUGAAACUCUAUUGUCUCUGCAAAAAAUUGAACCUGAAUUCUACACGGACGAUCUCAUUAAAAGUCUUCUAGUGGCUUUGUUUGUUGCGGGAACAGAGACCUCAUCAAUGACUAUUCAGUGGGCAAUGCGACUUCUUCUUGUUCACCCUGAAGCAUUUCACAAGCUGAGAUCAGAAAUUGAUAGCAAAGUGGGGAACGAACGCUUAUUAAACGAAUCCGAUUUCACUAAUCUUCCUUAUUUGCAAUGUGUAAUAAAAGAGACAUUGCGAUUAUACCCUCCAGUACCGCUUCUAUUGCCUCACUACUCAUUAGAAGAUUGUACUAUCGGUGGCUACGAUAUACCAAAACAUACAAUCCUAAUGGUUAACGUUUGGGCCAUACAUAGGGACCCGGAGUUAUGGGACGAGCCUAAAAAGUUCAAGCCGGAGCGAUUUGAGGGUAUGGAAGGGGCAAAAGAAGGGUUCAAUUAUAAAUUUGUACCAUUUGGUAUGGGUAGAAGAGCAUGCCCUGGAACCAAUAUGGGCAUGCACAUUGUUUCAUUGGUAUUGGGUUCGUUGGUUCAGUGGUUUGAUUGGAAAAGUAGUAUGGAAUUUGAGGAAAAUUAUAGUAACUUUAUGGAUGCAUGCUAUGAUUCUAAAGUAAGUUGCAGUAAGGAUAAGCCUUUGGAGGCUAUUUGCAUUCCCCGUCAGAAUUGUAUUCAAUUCCUUUCGCAGCUCUAACGAUGAUAUUCGUCUAUGUGUGUGUGUAUUUUGUGUAAUAAAUGAGUAUGCUAAAUGGAUCUUGUAGUGUGUUUAAGUGAUAUAAGUACUUGUCUUUCUAUUCUAAUGGAAUGUACUACUCUCCCUUCCGUCUCAAAGAAAUAUAAAUUCAAUAUUUUAUUGGA